ACCAUGGUCUCGGCCCUUCAUGUCUAAAGUUGUCAUAACCACAGCACAGGCAAGUCUCACUCCUGGCCCUCUGCCACAUAGCCUAGUGAGCCCAACCAUCUGGAUUUUGUCAUCUGUAAUAUGGGAAUAAAAACCUCAGCCUAGGGACUGGUGGGACCUGGUCAGGCACAUUAACAAUCCUCACAUAUGGGGCCUGGAGGUGUUUGGGUGUAGGUGGAUGGCGGGGUAGGAAGGAACACCCCACCUAGCGUAAAAUACCUGUUCUCAAUUUUGACUGACCUUUAGGAGCUCCUAAGUCCCACCCAAGACUGAUGUCUGUCAGGUGAGGGCUUGUAGUGCCCUGACAACGCCAUGCUUUUAUUUGUCUUGGGGUGAUUGGGGCUUCCUGUAGGUGACAACCCAGGCCUAGACAGUGAUGCUUGAGAACAGCUGAGACCUGGAGUACCAGCUAAAGGCUCUCACUUCAGGCCUCAGUUGAGUUUCAUUUUUGUCAGUUGCCCCCUCCUCCCUAAGGCCAGGCCACCACCAUCUUUCUGGUCUACCCUGUGUCCACUCCUGGAGGAGGAGGCUUCCUGAAGCUCAAACUAGGCAGUGUAUGUCCAGCUCCCAGGUCUUCUCUGUACUUAAUAGGAACCCUCCCACCCCCCACCCCUGACCUCAGCCCUGCACUGACUCCCACCUUAGGGCCUUUUGCACAGGCCCCCCUCUUCAAAGCAGUUCACACAGAACCUGUGGGUGCCAGUGACUUGGAAUUCUCCAGUGUCAGAACCUGCGUUCAAAUCCCACUCUUGUCACAACCUUGUGGCAUUAGAUGAUGGCUAUCACUUCUUGGAUUCAAUUUUCUUUAUAUUAGUGGGGAUGGGAUGUGAGGAAGUGAAGUCGGGUUUUGUUUUUGUUUUUUUUUUCUCCACGCGGGCCUCUCAGUGUUGUGGCCUCUCCUGUUGCGGAGCACAGGCUCCGGACGCGCAGGCUCGGCGGCCAUGGCUCACGGGCCCAGCCGCUCUGCGGCAUGUGGGAUCUUCCCGGACCGGGGCAAGAACCCGUGUUCCCUGCAUCGGCAGGCGGACUCUCAACCACUGCGCCACCAGGGAAGCCCUGAAGUCGGGUUUUGACAUAGCUGCAUAGAAACAAGCCGAAGGACAGCCUUGCUGUAUACAGAACCGUACAUUUAAGGUCGAAAACGUUAAGGCAGGCGCCAGUCGGGAACAAGCACAGGGGUGGAGGUGGGUGGAGGGUGUCAGGCCUGAGAAGCCCCCAGUCUUCGCUCCCCAUUCUUCCCCCGGGGUCUCCAGGUUAGCUGGUCGCCACAAGCUGGCUCCAGAGGCCUCCGGGCCUGCAGGAGGCGCCAGGCGCAGCGGAGCAACCUGCUCCCGGGUGGGACCAGAGCUGCGCAGUCAUGAUCAUCACUGAGGCCGCGGCAGAGUCCGCUGUCCCCGCGGUGCCCGGUGAUGCAGGAGCCACUGGAGCCCCGGAGCGCGAGCAGCUGGUGUGGCCCUGGAAAGAUGCCGCGAUACGGGCGCUGGUGCAGCGCAUCCACCAGUUGCAGGCUGAGCGCGCGCAGGCCUUCCGCCGGCUGGAGGAGGGACACUUGGAGGGCUUUCAGGUGGUCGAUGCGGGUGCAGGGCCUGAGAGCCGGGGCCGUAGCCUCAGGAUCCCCGCCUGCCGCAGAGGCCACCGACAGUACCUGAGCAGCGGCCCGCCCUACGACUUUCCGCGCUACCGGAGCACAGUACACGAGGUGACCCAGGCCUUCGCCGCCGCCUCGCGGGAGGUGCUGGCGGUGGAGGCCGAGCUAGCCGGACCCCGAGCGCAGCCGCUGCUCGCGAGCCACGUGCGCAGGCUGCAGCAGCUGGAGGAGACGCGCCUGGCCACGGGAUCCAAGGCCCAGCCUACUCUGCCUCUACAGCCAAUCCUGACCAAGAUACACUACCAUUCCCAGGCCAACUCCACGUGAAGCCACGCCCACAUCACACUCUACCCUGGGAUUCCCAGGCCACGCUGCUUUAGAGACCCAAUCCCAGUCUAGGGAUUGUAACUCCCUGGCUGGUCCCUGAGACUCCGCCUACUUCACAACCCUCACAACCCAACCACCCCACCCCACCCCCGCCCCCGCCCACCUAUCCCUGCCUGAGAUUUCACCACUGUUCCCCUUCCCUGCCUACAUGAGGUCAUGCCCAUGUUGCGCUCUGCACUGAUUCUAGGGCCCGCCCACUCGGCCCCUCUCCUCAGGAGCCCCCCUAAACGUAAUCCUAGAUUCCUUCUGCGCGAAGUACCGCCCCUUGAGACUCGCGCCUGCUGUGUCCCCACCCUUGCGCUGCCUUUCCCGGUGCUUCAGUGUCUCUUCCUCCCUACUAUGUGGGAGGGCAGGGGGUGGCCUCUGCCAGUUGUGACAUCCUCCUUGCUGCCUAUUCCCC